AUGGAUUUUAUUUGCUUUUCAAUUGAUCCAUGGGCAACAAAUAACUUUUGGAAUGCUGUUCUUGGUAUGGCCAUCAUGUGGAUUGGUAAUUACUGUACAACUCAAACUGAAGUUCAACGUUAUUGUAAUGUCGAUAGUAAAAAGAAAGCUAAAUUGAUUGGUGACCGAGGUCAAAAACUAAUCUUUAAACCAACGUCAUUAGCAAGUCCCACCUUUCCAGGACACAUUGGCAUACAUUUUGGUUUAGACUCAAUCAAUGGAACAACUGAUUCAUGCCAUCUACGAGAACUUGAGUUUUGUGCUGCAACUUUGCUUGUUUUUACAAGGAAUACUCAGGGAACACAAGGAACAGAGGCUGAAAUCGACAGAACUUGCGGCUUUAUAAAAGAAGCUCAGUCAUGUGCCCAAAAUUUCACUCAAAGAUGUUUAACCAGAUCGCAAUUAGAACUUGUCGAUUUCUUUGCUGAAGGUGGUCGAAGCCUCGCUAAUGAAUUUUGCACUCCAGGGACAGAGAUACGAGAGGAGUACAAGAAACAUGGACAAUGUUUGAGUGAAGCUCGAUCUCAAUCCAAACAAUGCCUCAAAGACUUACAAAAAUCCCUCGAAGAAGUUACUCAAACGAGCUGGAAUGAGCGAAUUCCCAUGGCCUGUUGCGGCCACAACCGAUUCCGAGAAUGUCUAUCAGCUUCCAUUUUAAAUAGAUGUGGUGAGGAUGCCCUUGCUUUGAGUCGACGAAUCACUCGCAUAUUUUCCUCAAGAUUGCCGGAGAUCAUGUGCCAGAGUUUUGAAGCUUCUAAAUGUGAAGAAAUCUUACCAUCCUCAGGAACCGAGCCGCGUGGUGAUCAGUCAGAUAGCGUUCUUUCAAGAAUCUUAUCAACCUACAUUGGAAACUAAAAUUAAAUACAAUCAAUAUUGCCAAAAUAUUAAACUACUAACCAAAAUACUAACCAAACUGCUUGCGAUGUAAUUGUGAAAAUCCCGAAUUGAUUAGACUAAUCAAUAAAUAAACAAAUACAUUGAUACAGCACAAAACAUGGUCAAAUUAAUUAUAAA